ACCACGUAAGGUCCUGUACAAUCAUUCUUACGGAUAGUAUGGUCAGCAACCAAAGGAAACGAACAGAUAGCACCUAAUCGGUUCUACUUACAUGCGGAAUAUCCGUAACCGGGCAAAAAAGACCGCACAUUCAACCGAAUCGUUCCCACUUCUUCAAGCAACAAAAGCGGAGACAAAAGCAUCCGGGCUCAAUCCGUGCUUCUGCUAUCAGCGUCGCUACCGAACAGUGUUCCGGCCACCAAUAAACCUCUCAUCGCCCUCAAUAUGGCUGUCGGCAGCGGCGCGGCCUGAACGGCAGGAUAAAUACAUCAAUGGAUCCGAAUGUCCUCGGUGUAGGCUCGUUGCGAGCUCCGGUUCGCGAUUCCGACCAUCAGCCGGUGGGCGAACCGAUCGCACCGUCCCUACCCGGUUUUCGCUUCGGUGCGUUCUGCGCCGACGGUCUCGGCAAUCAGCCCGCUGGCGAUGGGUUGAAAUGGGCCGCCUUCAACCCGUCCCUCUACAAGAAUGUGGCGAACGAGCGAGUCGACUGGGGUGCGCUGGCACAGCAGUGGAUACAGAUGCGUGAAACGUUGGCACCAGCACCCGCUACGCCCGCGUUUUCCGUUGGCGGAAUGCGGCCAACUCCGAGCGCGACCGUACACUCCGCAUCCGAGCCGGUGACGACGUCCAAGACCGCUGGAACGGCGGCAAAAAGCUUCGAAGAGCAGGGUGAAGCACCGAUGGAGGUAGAGAGGGACGAGGACGGCAUGGUACCGAUGCCACCGCCACCCGUGACCUGCGAGCGCGACUGGGCGGAAAGCAAUUGGAGUGCCCUCGCCGUGCCGUGUGCCCCCGCUCCCCCGGAGUGGCUAACAAAUGGGACGAACUGGCAGUUCCCAACGGCGGACGCACCAGCUGCAACGCUGUUUCAGACCACGCUCGAAGCGGAACCGGUCAGUAGUGGUAGUAGUCAGCGAAAGGUAGUGCCUGCUAGCAGCAGCACACUAGCAGCGGACAGGUUCUUGAAGCAGCAACCCACACCGUCAACCACUAGCCACACUGCAGGUCCGGCUGCCUCCACUAGUCGCUGGCAGCCAAAGCUACCAACGGGGCACAUCAGCAGCAGCAGCAGCAGCAGCAACAGCAGUGCUCGAUCGAUGGAGUCGACUGGUGCCAAAGUGGGCACCAGAAGUCGCUUCGCAGCGAUCGACACACCGGGUAGCCGCGGUCGAUCGAACCACCUGGCGUCCAGCGAGGUGGGCCACGGAUCUACGGUGGAAGGAUCCGACCAUCGGCGACUGCCGGGCCUGAUGGACAACGAGAUUCGACUGAGCGGAGCCAUUGGGCGGAGUGUGCGAUCGGUGGCGGCAUCGGUCGAUUCGGGACCACUGUCACCGGUACAACUGGAGGGCAGAAAACUUGGCCCAACGAUGGCUAGCGGAGAGAUGGUACCGCUCAACGAUGCCAAGCGCAAACUGCUACCGGCCUGGAUCCGCGAAGGGCUGGAGAAGAUGGAAAAGGAGAAGCAACGCAAAGUGGAUCAAGCACGGGACCGUUGGCGACGCGAAGACGUUCGCGCAAUCUCGCCGUACGAGCACGACGUUGACGAGGAGCCUAAACCGGUGUACGAGGAUACCGGUGCCAAGACGAAGGUGGACGAGCGACCAAUGGCAGUGCUUCCGAAGCACGAUGACGAUACGGUAGGGAGCGCGGCCAAGACAGUGUCGUCGGUUAAUGAAUGCGCAACCCGGACCAGGCAACAACAGCAGCAGCAGCUGAACGAAUCGAUGCGAGCGAUACUGACGAACAUCUUGCUCGAGGUGACGAACGAGGAAAUAGCUCGCAUUGCCAAAGAGACAACCAGCAGCAUCAAGCAAAAACAGCAACAACAAAAGCAAUACCACCAACAGCAACAGCAGCGUCCAGCAUUACCACUGCUCGGUUUGCAGGCUUACGGUGAUAGUGACGAGGAUGAUGAUGAUGAUGAUAAUGAUAAUGAAAGCACUGACGAGCAGCAGGACGAACGGCGGGAGGAGCCUAAGCCGGAAUCGGAAGCUAACUCGAAUCCUGUCCCAACCGCUGCGGACGAAGGGGAGGGUAGUAACGGCUCAGCACGAGACAAUAACGCCGACGACUGUGACGACUACGACGGCGACAGCAGCGAGCAACACCUGCAGAAACGAAUACGCAGAAAACAGCGCGAGUUCCAGCUGAUUGCGCACAAGAUCGAGCAACAGCUGCAAAGGGAGGAUGACCAAAUUGAGGGCCACGGGCCACAGAAGCAUCACCGGGAGGAGACGGAUCCCUCGAAGCGGCAUCACGAUGAGGACGAGGACGAAGAAGACGAUGACGAUAUGGGUGAUGAUGGUGACCGUGCGCCACGUGUUGGGCAUGGCAAGAAUGGGUACGCACCGGCUAGCGACAGUGAGAGUGGCGGCAGCGGCAGCGAACGGGAGCAGGUUGGGUUGUCUGCCGGACAGUAUCGCAGACAGGGCGAUGACAAUAAUGCCGGGCGUUCCGGUGGUACCACUAGACCAGACCACCACCACCACCAGCACGGUGAGCCUCCGCGUGUUAAUGUUAAACUAAAUGCGAACCUCGCGUAUGACCGUAGGCGUCGGGAUAGGCGGACUUCGCGGUUCAGCGAUCUUCUCGACACCGUGCGCCAGACGCAUGUGACACACGUGGCCAUUAUGCAACCAGCCGCCCUGAAGCCAACGCCGGCGUCUGAGACGAGCGAUGCGGAAGCGGCCAGCGGCAAACCGGUCCAAAGGCCAUUGCCAGUCUUCGUACCAACCGGGCCGACAGCAGCAUCACCACCAGUUACCACUACGGGCAACAUUGGAGGUGGUGGUGGUGGUGGAAUAGCAAAAAUGGAGAAACCGGAAGCUUCCCGAUUCCCGAUCGAACGGCAGCCCGUAGUGUGGUCCAUCGGUGAGGCGCUGGAGGUGCAAUCCGAUGCUUCGACGAAGGAACAGCAGCAACAGCAUCAUCAUCAUCAUGCGACUAUCGUCGGUGGCAGUUCAACCGAGCUCAACCAGCGGCGAGAUAGCUAUGGAAUGUUGCGGGCACCCGGCGGUGGACUGGACGGGGCAGCACCAUCGGUUGAAACACACUCGUCCGAUUCCGAGGCGGUAUCGGUGUCCGGGUCGAACCGGUCGGUCGAAUCGUCACGCUCCCGAUCGCGUCGCUCCCGCUCACGCUCCCAUUCCUCACAUUCGCAUCGGUCCGGCUCCCGGCAUCACGUCACGUCCAGCCGUCAAUCCCGGCACCACCAUCACCACCACUAUCCGGCCCCCUCCGACCAUGGAUCGAUGCACCGAUCGUCGUCGCACGCCAGCAAUCGCCGGCACAGUUCGCGCGAACGUCGCGCCCGCUCUCGGUCUCGGUCGCGGUCCCGGUCCCGGUCUCGGUCGCGACGAACUCGAUCACGCUCCCGUACCCGGCAUUCGCGUUCGCCCGGCCGUCACUCCUCAUCCUCAUCGCAUAGACGCCGCCGGCACUAGCCUAGCACGUUCCCUUUUCGUUCCGUUCCGUUCCGUUCCGUUUCAUCUUCCUCACGUCCACCAUUGGGCCGAACGCCACUGCAUUCGAUCGAAUAAAGCGCCUUUCAUUCUCCCGGAUCGCUGCAGGCGCCCACAUUAUGCUAGAAAAUGGCACGCAUCAGCAGCAUAUCUCGUCGUUUCGUGCAUCAUCCAUCAGCAGUUCGAAUUUGUAGCACUGUUACACAUUAUGAAAUCCAACUUAGUAGCUCCAACUGAAGCGCCACAGUUUGACCGUAGAUAGCCGAUUGAAAAUUCUGAUGCACGGAUGAAUGAUGGAAGCCACAUCCCUUCACCCGCCAGCACCGCAUGGUGUUUUUAUUAUCUGACAUCAUCUUAACCUCCUCUCUACUAGUUCGUCUUCCCCGCCAUCCCUAUCCAGUAUAAAUGCAACCAGUUGCGCCACACUUAGUGCGCCUUGUUUUAGCAUGUGUUACACGAUUGGAUUAAACCAUCCCAUUUCCCUCUUCAUUUCUCUCUCUCUCUCCCUGUUCCUCCCUGCUCUUUCUCUCCGUGGUAUCUUAAUUUAAUUUAUAACUAUACAGCCACCAGGCCGGGACGAGACCGGUCGGCCCUUAUAUUACGGCUAGUAGAAAACAACCACCACGGGAGUGCCACCGCAAAACUAGUUCAAGGAGUGGCCCUGAGCGGAGCCACACUUAUCGCCAUGACGUUCGUGGACGAUUGCCUUACUCUGUUAUCAUCUCUUACUCUUUCUCUCUCUCUCUCUCAACUAGCUCCCACAACUUGCGUUCCGGUCCCUUCGUCUCGCAUGGCGAUAAAAGGCUCAUUGCUUAAUGGCUCUCGUAUUGGCACUCGACUGAGGUUGCGUGACUGUGUGUGUGCGUGUGCGUGUGCGUGUGUAUGUAUGUGUGUGUGGUCCGCAACCUGAGGAUCUCGUGGAUCCGAUGCAACAUUUAUUUUGCUGCGCGAAAUAUAAUACUAAACUCCUACUACUACUACUACUA